AUGAAUAAGUAUGAGAAGCUCGAGCUGGUUGGCGAGGGAGCCUAUGGCGUCGUCCUCAAGUGCAGAAGGAAGGACACUGGCGAGCUCGUCGCAAUCAAAACAUUCAAGGGCAAUGAAGAAAGCACGAAUGUGAAGAAGACUAUUGCACGCGAACUCAACGCGUUGACACACUUGAGACACGAGAACAUCGUUGCACUGAAAGAAGCCUUCCGAUGGAAAGGGAAGCUGCACCUGGUAUUCGAAUACAUACAUAGAAACCUCUUAGAACUUCUCGAGGCGUCGCCCGCUGGGCUAGAUCCGGAGACCGUGCGCCUUUGUAUCUGGCAGCUAGUUAAGGCACUCAGCUACUGCCAUCGAAACGACAUUGUGCAUAGAGACGUCAAACCCGAAAACCUGCUUGUGAAUCUGAAAACGCGCAAGCUAAAGCUUUGCGACUUUGGAUUUGCGCGUCAACUACACGAAUCGGCCGCGGUUCCUCUUACUGACUAUGUGGCAACGCGAUGGUACCGAUCUCCUGAAUUACUUCUUUGCGACCCCGAAUAUGGCAAGCCGGUAGACAUGUGGGCCGUUGGCUGCAUUAUGGGUGAACUCAUUGAUGGACGGCCGCUGUUUCCUGGCGACAACGAAGUUGAUCAGCUGUAUAAGAUUCAGCUGGUUCUAGGCCCUCUUCUGCCUCAACACAUGGAAAUGUUCAGGCAAAACUCGCGGUUUGCGGGACUCGCUUUCCCCGAGCUUCCUCCGCGGGAAACACUACUACUUCGGUACCGUAAUAAGUUCGACAGAACUGCAAUCGACUUCCUUUCAAAACUGCUCUGUAUGGAUCCAAAAGCGCGACUCACCGCUAAAAUGGCGCUGCAGCACCCAUAUUUCAAGGAACUGGAGUCGGCUGACCGCAGUGCUUGCGUUACAAUAAGGAAUGUGGAGAGUCGCAGUCAACUGCAAAGGGAGCUUCGUUCGAACACGAAUGAGAUUGUCCAGUCAACACUGCCGGCCUCCAGCUGUCAAGCCGACCGGCCAUCUGGGAAAACGACUCCUCCGGUGGGUAGCACGCAGUAG